AUGUCUACUACCAAAAUGCCAUGUUAUUAUAUCUCUCACGGAGGUCCAACACUCGUGAUAGACAAGGAGGAUGAAUCUUAUCAAUGGAUGCAACGAUGGGGAAAAUCAAUUAUCAAAGAAAUUAAACCAAAAGCUAUAGUUGUUCUUUCUGCUCAUUGGGAAACCACCGAAGCUAUCAGAGUAACAAACUUUUCUGGCAAAACUCCCAUCAUUUAUGAUUUUUAUGGAUUCCCAGAGAUACUUUAUAAACAAACAUAUGAUGGUAAAGGUUCUCCAGUAUUAGCAAAGAGAAUCGUGGAUCUAUUAAAUCAGGCUGGUUUCCAAUCAGAAUUGGAUGAUAAGAGAGGAUUCGACCAUGGUUGUUGGAUACCAUUAAAAGUGGCGAUCCCGGAACCCGGCGAUUUGCCUAUUAUACAAGUAUCUCUUACUCGUAAAGCUUCUUACGAACAUCACAUUAAAGUUGGUCGCGUAUUGGCUUCUCUUAGGAAUGAAGGAAUUAUUAUCAUUGGAUCUGGAUCAUUAGUUCAUAACUUGAGAGAGACAUUCGCUACGUUAGAUAAAAAAGACUUUGUAGCUCCAUAUGUUGGACCCUUUGAAUCGGAUAUUGAAAAAUUAUGUACCAAAUUUACUGGGAAAGAACGUGAUCAAAAAUUAAUUGAUUUAAUUAAUCAUCCGUUAUUGAGAAAAGCUCAUCCGACCGAUGAUCAUUUGGUUCCUUUACAUAUUGCAGCAGGCGUUGCUGGCGAUGAUCAAGGAACCAAGUUGCACACGAAAUAUUUCUCUGCUUUAAGUAUGAGUGCUAUUGGUUUUGGUGUUACUAAUUAG